AUGGCGGAUGCUUCAGCGGUGGUUGUGGAAGAACACCUCGACGUUCUGACUAAAACCGGAGAGAAAACAGGCGUCUCCAAGCCCAGGGGAGCAGUCCAUCGCGACGGAGAUUAUCACAGGGCUGUUCACGUUUGGAUUUUUGCUGAGAGUACCCAGCAACUGCUUCUCCAGAAGCGUGCUGACUGUAAGGAUUCAUGGCCUGGGCAGUGGGACAUAUCCAGUGCUGGACAUAUUUCUGCUGGUGAUUCCUCGCUUGUGUCAGCAAGGCGGGAGCUUCAGGAGGAGCUAGGAAUCAGCCUUCCUAGAGAUGCAUUUGAGUUGAUAUUCGUUUUCCUUCAAGAGUGUGUGAUCAAUGAUGGGACAUUCAUCAAUAAUGAAUUUAACGAUGUAUACCUUGUGACAACUACAGAUCCGAUUCCUUUGGAGGCCUUUACUCUUCAGGAAUCAGAAGUAUCUGCUGUUAAAUAUGUGUCCUACGAGGAGUACAGGAGUUUUCUUGCCAAAGAAGAUCCCGAAUAUGUUCCGUAUGAUGUAAAUGGACCAUACGAUCAACUCUUUCAAAUAAUUAGGCAAAGGUACAACCAAGAUAGUAAAGCACAAAAUAUAACUCUGCAGAAGCAACUGCAGCGUUAUGCUCCUGUUACUCUCAAUGAUGAGUUGACAGGGCUGUCAGAUGCAGACAAGGAGGCUUUGAGUUUGAUAAUUAAGGCUGCAAAAGUCAUGGAUGACAUCUUCUAUCUGCAGGUUUGGGAAAGCAAUCCUGCUUUGAGAGAUUGGUUGAAUUCAAAUGCUGAUGCCUCAGAAUUGGAAAAAUCGAAGUGGAAAUAUUAUAUGAUCAACAAGGGACCAUGGUCCUGCCUUGAUGAAAAUCAGGCAUUUCUGACAACCAAAGACUCAGCAGUAAGGUUGAUUCCUGAAGCCACAAAGUCAGUAAGUGGAUGGAAGGGUCUAGAGUACAAAGGGGCAUUUCCUACACUCAAGCCUCCUGGUGCAAACUUCUAUCCUCCAGAUAUGGACAAAAUGGAGUUUGAGUUGUGGAAGAACAAGUUGUCACAACAAGAAGAUGCGACAAGCUUUUUCACAGUCAUCAAAAGACACAGUGAAGGCUUCUCUUCCUCGGAUCAUACAAUUAGCAAGACAAGUCAUUUGGCAGAUAAUGGGGAUCUGUUUACUGUUCCAUACUCUAUAGAGUACAAAUAUUUCCUCACAAAAGCUGCUGAGCUUUUGCGUAAGGCAGGCGACUUGGCCAGCUCACCAAGUUUGAAGAGGUUACUUCAUAGCAAGGCUGAUGCAUUCCUAUCAAACAAUUAUUACGAUUCAGACAUAGCCUGGAUGGAAUUGGACUCUAAGCUUGAUGUAACAAUAGGUCCAUACGAGACAUAUGAAGAUUCAAUUUUUGGAUACAAGGCCACAUUUGAAGCAUUUGUUGGAAUCCGAGACGACAAGGCUACAGCUCAAUUGAAAAUGUUUGGGGAGAAUUUGCAGGUUCUUGAGCAAAAUCUUCCAAUGGAUAAUGCGUACAAAUCAAAAGACAUUCAUGUUGCUCCGAUUCGUGUCAUAAGGCUACUUUACAAUGCUGGGGAUGUUAAGGGUCCUCAGACAGUUGCUUUCAACUUACCAAAUGACGAACGAAUAGUGAAAGAUCGCGGAACUUCAAUGGUUAUGCUUAAGAAUGUUUCAGAGGCAAAGUUCAAGCACAUUCUUCGACCUAUAGCUGAUGCCUGCAUUUCUGAGGGACAAAACAAACUUGUAGAUUUUGACUCAUUCUUUACACAUACAAUCUGCCAUGAGUGCUGUCACGGUAUUGGACCUCACACAAUAACGCUUCCAGAUGGUAAGAAGUCCACAGUAAGAAAGGAGCUCCAAGAACUCCACUCUGCUUUGGAAGAAGCUAAAGCUGAUAUAGUUGGUCUCUGGGCACUCAAGUUUUUGAUCCGUCAGGGUUUGCUUCCAAAGAGCCUAGAGGAAUCGAUGUACGUUUCUUUCCUUGCAGGAUGCUUCCGGUCAGUUCGCUUCGGCUUGGAGGAAGCUCACGGAAAAGGAGAAGCGGUGCAGUUCAACUGGAUGUUCGAGAAAGGAGCAUUCGUCUUGCAUCCUGACGAGACUUUCUCCGUUGAUUUCACCAAGGUUGAUGAUGCAGUUGAAAGCUUGAGUUGUGAGAUCCUUACCAUCCAAGCAAAAGGUGACAAAGGAGCUGCAAGCCUACUCCUCCAAAACUACUGUAAACUGACUCCUCCAUUGAAACUGGCAUUGCAAAAGCUAGAGAAUAUUCAGGUGCCGGUGGAUAUAGCUCCCACGUUCCCUUUAGCCGCAAAAAUUCUGAAGCAGUGA